AUGUGUGCAUCGGACAGGAUCUACUUGAUCGACAUCGAGGACCGUCAAAAGAAGACAAUUGACAUGGCUUCCGUCAGUUACAAGAUAAUAGCACUAAUAGCCCUUGGCGCAAUGGUGCUUGGCAAAGAUAUUCGCUCUGGAAAGAAUGGCCCUAUGUCUGGAGGACUGUUCCCCAUUGAUUCCGACGAUGACAAGUUUGAAGAGAUAGCGCAGUUCGCUGCCAAAGAUAUUGGGUCCGAAUAUACAUUGGACAGUGUCGAAGAUGACAAAGCGCAGUUGCUUGACGAGACUGCAGAGGAUUCUAACAUUCAACCACAACGCAGUUUAAACGUAUCAGGAUGGAAUAUGGCUGAAGGGGGCAGGAUAUUGAUUAUGGACGGUGGAGGCAUUAGAGGACUCGUUAUGCUCGAGAUCUUGGAGGCAAUCGAGAAGAAAGCGGGUCUACCAAUACAACAACUGUUUGACUGGAUUGGCGGAACAAGCACCGGAGGAAUUAUUGCACUGGGUAUUGCAACGGGCAAAUCCGUCUCUCACAUUCGCAACAUUUACUAUAAACUGAAGGACCAAGUAUUCACGGGCUCAGCGCCGUACGAUUCUGAAGUGGUCCUGAUAACUGGAGUUUUAGGAGACCACAGACCGUGGAAACUUCACAUGUUUCGGUCGUACAUGAAAGGAUACAAGCAAGCAGAAAAAGGAUUUUAUCGCAUCAAACCACCAAAUGAGCAGUUCAUCUGGGAGACAGCCCGCAGCACGUCUGCAGCGCCCUCAUACUUUCAUCCGUACAAUCAGUUCCUUGAUGGAGGCUUGAUGUCCAACAACCCUACCCUUGACAUUCUCGCGGAAAUUCACGAAUUUAAGAAAGAACAAACGAAAAAAGCUGAUUCAGGUCGAUCUCUGGACGUGGUGGUUUCACUUGGUUGCGGCCAUGAGGACUACAUACCUGCAACAGUCCCAGACAUAACCUUUGGUUUCAAUAUCGGACGGGCAACCGACGAAUCGUGCAAGUGCUUGGUGCGAGAUGAUGAAUGUGCCGUUCUUCCGGUUGUCACCGCUUCUGACAGAGGAUGUUCCCCUGAACUGUGUCGAUAA